CAUCUAGGUUUGCCAAACUGAAGAGCCUCGGGGCCCUUCAGAAAAAUACAGUUACAUAAUCUAAUCUUUGUUUCUCUAGAAAUAAUCUCAUUCGUUCAAAUGUCUACGUCUUCUAGAAAAUCAAGCGGACCGGUGUUACCAAUAGCGUCAACUUUUCGGAGGUCGAUCUCGCCGUCCGGUCGGUUCUGCAACUCCGCGAUGGCGAUGUCGAUAUCUGAGCUAUCAUCGUCUUUUACGUAUUCUUCGAAUUCACCGAGUGGCAUCUUCCAGAAUCACAGGUCAUCAUCUCCGACGCGCGUGAAUCUCCACGCGCUACCGUCUUCGUCACCGACGCCAUCCGUAAGGUUCUCAAUCAACAGAUCUGGCUCGCCGCGGCGGUCCAUGGCGGUAUCACCACAGAAUCAGGUGGUACGGAAGCCUACCGGUAAUAGUAUUUCUUUGCAGAAGAGGACUUGCUUGUGCUCGCCUACCACGCAUCCCGGAUCUUUCAGGUGCGCUUUGCAUAAGAAUAAUUUUAGUGGUGGUGGUAGUGGGAAUAAUCAUUCCAUAUCAUAUUCGCCCUACCGGUUGAACGCUAGGAGAUCAGCGAUGACAAAUUCUCUGGUGCGGAUCGGGACUGUAGAGGGCGAUUUGGUUAAGCGGGCCUUGGCGGCUUUGAUACGGCCUUCAUCUCAUCAGCAGCGCCGCCGAGUCGAUUUCCAGCCGCGUCCAAGUCGUUUGUCUAUCAUGUCCAAAGCCGAGGAUGUCUGAGAAGUCAAGUCCUUUUGGUUACAGGUUGGCUCUAUUGAUACAAUUUUGAAAAAAGAAGUUUUCUCUACAGUGAUUUCCAGCGAAGGCGUCAAAUCUCGGUGGUCGUCAAGUUAAAUUUCCGGUGGUUUUUUGUGCUCCGGGCAGUCAAAACACCUAAGCAAUUUUGGAAACAGGAGGAUCUGAAAUUGACUCAGUUGUGUACAUAAGAUUUGCGAAAUGAACUACACUUUUGGACAUUUCAUCACACCCAUACUGCACAAGAAUCUAACUAAAAAGGGACUGGAUGUUUAGCAAUUUCAUUUAAUCAAAUCUGCCAAUUCCAAUUCAAAUUAAAAAGACAAUUUAUUCCGACAUCGUAUGUUCUUUGAGACAGAAUUUGGUUGUGGUUUGUCAAGUUUCUUGAUAUUAAUUUAAUCUCGUUACCAGUGUGA